UUUCCGUGAGCGGAACGGCCUUUGUCCUCUCAGAGCCCGCUGCGAGUCCCGUGCAAAAAUCUGACGCCUCUCAAUUCCCUCUUGCGGCUGGAGCCUUGGGGUCUGAGAAGAUGGCCGACCAGCGGGACUGCGCUCAUCAACUGACGCGGUGGCAAGAGCAGCGGGGCUCGCAGAAACCAGAUGCCUUGACCACAGGAGCAGGGAUUCCAGUGGGAGACAAGUUGAACAUCAUGACAGUGGGUCCACGAGGCCCUCUCCUGGUUCAGGAUGUGGUCUUCACUGAUGAGAUGGCACACUUUGACCGAGAAAGGAUUCCUGAGAGAGUUGUGCAUGCCAAAGGAGCAGGAGCGUUUGGUUAUUUUGAAGUGACUCACGACAUCACAAAAUAUUGCAAAGCAAAAAUAUUUGAGCACAUAGGAAAAAGAACUCCACUUGCUAUCCGAUUUUCCACAGUUGCUGGAGAAUCAGGCUCAGCUGAUACAGUCCGUGAUCCUCGGGGCUUUGCAAUGAAAUUUUAUACAGAAGAUGGCAACUGGGAUCUCGUUGGAAACAACACUCCCAUCUUCUUUAUCCGGGAUGCAAUGCUGUUUCCAUCCUUCAUCCACACCCAAAAGAGGAACCCACAGACUCAUCUUAAAGAUCCAGACAUGGUAUGGGAUUUCUGGAGUCUCCGUCCUGAGUCCCUACACCAGGUGUCAUUCCUGUUCAGUGAUCGUGGCAUUCCAGAUGGAUUCCGCCAUAUGAAUGGCUAUGGAUCACAUACUUUUAAGCUAGUAAAUGCCAGUGGCAAAGCAGUAUACUGCAAAUUUCAUGCAAAGACUGAUCAGGGAAUCAAAAACCUUCCUGUCGAAGAGGCUGGAAGACUGGCUUCAAAAGAUCCUGACUAUGGUCUGCGUGAUCUCUAUAAUGCUAUUGCUAAUGAAAACUAUCCAAAGUGGAGUUUCUACAUCCAGGUUAUGACAUUUGAACAAGCUGAGAGAUUUCCAUUUAAUCCUUUUGAUGUAACUAAGGUUUGGCCUCACAAAGACUAUCCUCUCAUCCCUGUGGGAAAACUGAUCUUAAACAGGAACCCUGUCAAUUAUUUUGCCGAAGUGGAACAAUUGGCUUUUGACCCAAGCAAUAUGCCCCCAGGCAUUGAACCUAGCCCUGAUAAAAUGUUACAGGGUCGUCUUUUCUCGUAUCCAGAUACUCACAGGCACCGUCUGGGACCCAACUAUCUUUCCAUUCCAGUAAAUUGUCCCUACCGAACUAGAGUGGCCAAUUACCAGAGAGAUGGAUUUAUGUGUGUGUCUGACAACCAAGGUGGGGCCCCAAACUACUAUCCAAACAGUUUUACUGGUCCUGAGGAACAGCCCGACUUAAAGGAGACACGUACACUCCUUUCAGGCGAUGUGACACGUUUCAAUAGUGGCAACGAGGAUAAUGUGUCUCAAGUACGAGACUUCUAUUCCAAAGUACUGAAGGAAGAUGAACGCCAGAGGCUUUGCGAGAACAUUGCUGGCCAUCUUAAGGAUGCUCAGAUAUUCAUCCAGAAGAAAGCUGUGAAAAACUUUACUGAUGUUCAUCCAGACUAUGGUGCACGCAUUCAAGCCCUCCUGGACAAAUACAAUGCUCAAAGUAGCAAGAAGGGGGGUGUUCAUACCUAUACACAAACUUCAUCCCACACUAUGGCAAAGGAAAAGGCUCAUUUGUGAAUGGCAUCAUCUGUGAAUGACCAUUAGUUGGUCCCAUUACCAAGCACUUUGUCACAUGGGACUUACAUCCGUCCAACUGGAAAAUAAGCUGUGGAAGAUGUUAAAAUAAGUGGCAGAUGUUCAUGUCUUGCAGAAGUGUGUCUUGGGCUGGUAGCUGCAACAUAAAAAUAGUCAAGAUUGUAAUUGUGAUUACAAGUUAAUAGACUGAUAACCAUAUGCCUUCUAACAUUAUCUGUCUAUGCAGGCAAUAACUUUUAAGUCAUAUAACUAAAGUGUAUUCUACAAUAACAUGGUUGCUUUUUGCAUAUUUGUAAUUUUUGCUUUUUUAUUUAAUUCCUUCUGCAUCUAUAUUCUAAAAACAGAUCAUUCUAAUCUCUCUUACUGGCAAGCUGAU